AUGAAAGCCGUCGUGAUCAAGGGCAAAGAAGCCUACGUCGACCGCGACCGGCCCACGCCCGCACUGCGCGAUGACUAUAUCCUCGUCAAGACCGCGGCCGUGGCCCUCAACCCGACAGACUGGAAGCACGUCGCCUUCGGCCUCGGCGCACAGGGAGGCCUAGUCGGGUGCGAUUUCUCGGGCACAGUCGAGGAGGUCGGCUCGGCCGUGACCAAGUCGUGGAGCAAAGGGGACCGCGUCGCGGGCGUCGCGCACGGCGGCAACUUUGUGCAGCCCGACGACGGGGCCUUCGCCGAGUACGUCCUCGCCAAGGGGGACAUCCAGAUGAAGAUGCCCGACUCGUUGAGUUUCGAGGCCGCGGCCACGCUCCCGCUGGGCACGACCACCGUGAUGCAGGGCUUGUUCCAGAAGGCGUUGAAGCUCAACUGGCCUACGGACCCGAUCAAGGGGGAGAAGACGUACGUGUUGAUCUACGCGGGGAGCACCGCGACGGGCGCGCUGGGGAUCCAGUUUGCGAAUUUGGCCGGCUACACCGUCCUGACGACGUGCUCGCCGCGCAACUUCGACUAUGUCAAAUCCCUCGGCGCGGCCGAGGUGUUCGACUACAACGACAAGGACGCCGCGGUCAAGAUCCGGAAACUCACGGACGACAAGCUCAAACUGGCGUGGGACACGAUCAGCGAAAAGGACAGCGCGCAGUUCUGCGCCGACGCCCUCUCCUCCGCCGGCUCGGGUUGCAAGUACGGCUCCAUCUUGCCCGUCAGUUGCCCGCGCGAGGACGUCGAGAGCGUCAGCACGCUCAUGUAUACCAUCUUUGGCGAGUCGUUCAAGUUUGGACCCCAGGAGUUUCCGGCCGUGGAUGAGGACUUUGAGUACGCCAAGAAGUUCAUGGCCAUGACGGAGGGGUUGCUCAGGGAGGGCAAGAUCAAGGCGCACAAGCAGACUGUCGGCGAGGGUGGGUUGGAGGGCGUGCUCAGGGGUAUGGAGGACAUGAAGAACGGCAAGGUGAGCGGGGAGAAGUUGGUCUAUCGGGUUGCUGAGACGCCGUGA